AAUUUUGAAAAAUAAUUUUUAUUAGCAGUACCGUUUUAGUGCUCUGCAAAAAGUACAUUUUUUGUGCUGAAAAUUAUGGCAGCCAGGGAAAUAAUAAAAGAGGUUCCACAAUUGAUCAUGCAUACUUAUCCCUUAUGCAAGCAUACCGACAUGCCUGAAGAGAUGAAACAAGAAGCUAUGGAAUUAUGUGUAACAGCUGUGGAGAAAUAUGCUGAUAAUUAUGAACAUGCUGCACGAAUGAUCAAGGAUAGUCUGGAUAAAAAAUUCAGUCCGCCGUUUCAAGUGGUCGUAGGAGAAGCUUAUGCUUUUUCCAUAAUUUAUCAAGAAAAGUCAUUACUUUAUAUGUACACAGGCGGAAACAUAGCAGCUCUUAUAUGGAGAACAGUCUCCGGUUUCUGAUGGUCACUCAAAGAGCGUUUUUCUAAUAUCCUUUUUAAUUGUAAAAUUUCCAAUAAAUUUGUCCAUUCUAUUCUUA